GCGUAACCAACAGGAAGAGAAGCUGAUUGGAGGAUCAGAGUCUAACUGCUUUCUGAGGAAGUGAAACUCACUCAGUCUUUGUGUCUGAGAGGAGAAAUGGCGCAGAAAGGAGCCGAUCUGGAUCAAGAAACCUUCUGCUGUUCCAUCUGUCUGGAUCUGCUGAAGGAUCCGGUGACUAUUCCCUGUGGACACAGCUACUGCAUGAAGUGUAUUCAAGGAUUCUGGGAUGAAGAGGAGAAAAUCCACAGCUGUCCUCAGUGCAGGAAGACCUUCACACCGAGGCCUGUUCUGGUGAAAAACACCAUGUUAGCAGCUUUAAUGGAGCAGCUGAAGAAGACUGGACUCCAAGCUGCUCCUGCUGAUCACUGCUAUGCUGGACCUGAAGAUGUGUCCUGUGAUUUCUGCUCUGGAAGAAAACUCAAAGCCAUCAAGUCCUGUUUGAACUGUCUGGCCUCUUACUGUGAGAAACACCUUCAGCCUCAUUUGGAUGUAGCUGCAUUAAAGAAACACAAGCUGGUGGAACCCUCCAAGAACCUGCAGGAGAACAUCUGCUCCAUUCAUGAUGAGGUGAUGAAGAUG